AUGCUUCCGCUAUCGCCCUGUUCUGUUCAGAUGAGGCUUUUGCCGUUUGAUUUCUGUUUCUUUUUGCUUUUCUUUUGGAAUUUAGGGGCAACGUCUCUGUCUGUGAGCACACGGAAGGCAGCAGGACGUGUGGUGCUCGGUUUCAUCCUUUUCCUCCAAGGGUUUGGGAACGUCUCUGUCUGUGAUCGCGCGGAAGGCAGCAGAGCGUGUGGUGGCUCAAUUGGAUGGCGACGAGGGUGGCUGGUGGGCGUCGCCGCGGUAGAUUUUACCGAACAAACGUCUCUGUCUGUGAGAACGCGGAGGGCAGCAGAGCGUCUAAUCCAUUGCCUCAAUCCUUGUGAAGACAGCAUGGUUGAGCCGCAAGGCCUUCCUACUUUGUGUGCUGAGAUGUUAUAG